AUGCGCAGGCGGGCUUAUGGAGCUACACCACGCAAAUGCAGAUUGCGUGGCCACGCCCUGCACAUACAAGAGGUAGCUCGCUUUGGAAGCUGCGGAGUUGGUGAGGGCCAGCGGAGCGACUCGGCGCGGCUGGGGAAGCGGCUGGGGAGAGUCCAGCCGCCAGGGCUGCUGCGGAAGUGGGCGAGCAUGGCGAGCGCGGCGGCGGAGGCAGCGGCGGAGGCAGCGGCGGAGGCGGAGAAGGCCAGGGAGAACCCGCUCGUGUUCCUGUGCUCGCGCUGUAGCCGGCCGCUGGGCGACUCGCUCACCUGGGUCACCAACCGGGAAGACGACAACUGCAUCCUCCUGCGCUGUGUUUCCUCUAACGUGUCGGUGGAUAAAGAGCAGAGACUGUCCAAGUGCAAAGGUGAGGAGGGCUGCGUUCUUGAGACUCUGCAUUGUACAGGCUGUUCCCUCAGCCUCGGCUGUGUGUACAGAUGCACUCCCAAGAACCUAGAUUACAAGAGGGACUUGUUCUGCCUCAGCGUUGAAGCCAUUGAAAGUUACACUUUAGGGUCGGCCGAAAAGCACAUCGUGUCGGAAGACAAGGAGCUUUUCAAUCUGGAAAGCAGAGUUGAAAUAGAGAAGUCCAUACAGCAGAUGGAAGACGUCCUGACGGCCUUGCAGACGAAGCUGUUGGAGGUUGAAUCAAAACUGCCCCUCGCUGGCUGCAGCCGCGGACCUGCCCCUACCCCACCUGCCCCACCCUGUUCCUAAAGCGCGGUCAGACUCUUUCUGUGUAGUUUAUGGAAAGAAGUUCUCUGUAUGUGAAUUUUAAAGCCAGUUUAUGAUACAUGCUGGAAGGAGAUUUUGUGAGGGUUUUUUUGUUUGUUUGUUUUUGGUUUUUUGAGACAGGGUUUUUCUGUGUAGAUUUGUGCCUUUCCUG